UCGGCUUAUAUACUUAGUCGGCGAGCUGAACCACCUCCUCGUGGUGCCGACCGGGUAGUCUGGACGUCUGUCUGGGGCCAACCACCCCGUUUGGUUUCAAUGUGCUGGUUACUUUCGACAAUGUAUACUACAAAUCAUCUGGCGCCGAGAGACUCGUUCACGUGUGAGGAAUGCGGCAAGUGUUGCAAAUCGAAAGCUGGCUUGGUAGCCCAUCAUCGAGUUCACGACAAUGAAAGGAAAGUUACGAACACGGUUGCCCAAUUGGCCUGCGCUGAUUGUUCCCGCCUUUUUCCGACGAAGAUUGGCCUGAGUCAACAACGCCGGCACUCACACCCCACCCAGCAUAAUGCAGAUAAGCUUGGCCGAGUGAAGUAUUCCGGCUUUCUGCGUACUUAUGACACUUUUAUGCGUGGCACAUGGCGUUCAAAGUACAUUUUUGCCAUUUAG